GAUCUGAAAUAAUUCCUCCAAAUCAACAACUUCCUCCACGUCCAGAUGUUGUUGUUGUUAACAGUCAAUCUUCGAGUCGAGCCUCAAGUCCUGAAAACAUUCCCAAGGGUCAACUAGUCCCUGAAAUCCAAAGA